AUGGAGAGAAAUCUAUGUGGUAUCCAAUGUAAAUAUCGAUAUGAACAACAAUUAGUUCGUCACAAAGCAAAGUAUAGUCGUGGUCUUUAUAGUUCAUUUUCGUCAGUGCACCAGCAACAAUUUGUUUCAUUGAAACCUGAUAGUCAACAAAAGAAUUUAAAUUUAAUAAAUGUGCAAGAAGGUGAAACAUUUAUUGAAGAUGAUGCUGUUGUUAUUGAUGAAGGUAAUAUUUGCUGUUAUCUUGAGAUGUUGAUGAAGAUAAUUAAAGGCUAAAGUUAGGUAUUAUAAGAUAGAUUGAAAAUUAUUCGUCUUUUUUUGUGACAGAUAGAUAUAUAAUAAUAAUAUAAAACAUGGAUUUUUUUUAUAACAAAUCUUAUAUUUAUUUGAAGCAACAUUAUAAUGGGUUCACGAAAAUUGGUCGAACGAAAAAUAGUCGAACGAAAAUUGGUGGAAGAAAGUUGGUCGAUACGAAAAUUGAUUGAUACGAAUAUUAGUCACUACGAAAAUUGAUCAACGAGAAAAAUAGUCGAAAAAUUCUUAAUUAAGAAAAAAGAAUCUUUCAAUAAGAGCGACAGCAGUGUAAAAAAUAAAUUAAUAUCAGUAUAUAAUCUGUCGCUGG